GAGAGCGAAUGCGUGGGGCUCAAAACCAUUCGAUCAAGAAUCAGAGUUAGAGAGAGAGAGAGAAAUUUAAGAGUGAUUCCGGCUAGAAAGAGAGAAAAACAAUUCGAUCAAGAAUCAGCGUUACAGAGAGAGAGAGAGAGAAUGACGGUUGAUAGAGAAACAGGGUUUGAGCAUCUCUCACCUUGCCAAAGCAGCAACGAAGCGCAUCUGCAUAGAAGGAGAAGGCUUCUGUUUUCACCAUCCAACAUCCCAAAACAAGCAGAGGAGAGAGAGAGAAACGAAGUGAAUGUAGAGAGAGAAAGUGUGGUUAACAUGUUUUGUAAGAGAGAUGAAGCUGAGAUUACGACCAAGAAGAGGGAUUCCACCGCGAGCUGUGCGGCUUUCAGAUUGGGUUCUUCUCUCAUGAAGAAUCCCCCUGCUUCUACCGCUCCAAUUUGUAGCCCCCAAAGCUCCAUUACUCGCUCGUCAUCUAGUGAUGAGCUUUACUACUCUCAGGCUUCAACUGAUUUCCCUUGCGAUGAUGAGGCAAGAAGCAAGACGGAGUCUCCUGCUUCUUCAAUGGCUGAGGGAAUGAAACCAGAAUUGUGUGAAGAAGAAGAAGAAGAGGGAAGUGAAGAAGAAGAAGAGAGGAGAGAGAUGGUUGAAAUUCUGCAUCAGCAAAUAUUGGGAAAAACUGUCUCAAUGAAGAGAUUUGAGGGUGAAGAGGCAAAGCAAAAUCUAAUUUGGAGGUGCAAAUCAAAAAUGGCCAACUUUGUUUUUAAUUUUGAAGAAGAAGAAGAUGCUGAUUAUGAUGAGAUGAUGAUGCUGAGGAAAAGUUUGGAGAGGGCACACGUGAGGGUGUGGGGUCCUUCUACCAAUUUUGACAACACUCCUCAACAACACCACAAAAAACCAGUGCCUGCCCCUGCUGAAGAUGCCCAUCUUCUUCACAAUCCCCACUCUCUAGAGGUCUCAUCAGGUUAUUUGGCAAGCAAUGACAGCAUAUGUGAGGCAUCUGAGAGUACAAGUGCGAGAUACAAUCACAAUUCCAAAGCCGAGAAUGGCACAUUGGACAACACAGAAUGCGGCCAGAUGGACAUAAAACUAUGUGCAUGGAAGGAGUACGAAAUCAUGAAAAUCUUCGCCAAAUUAAACAGAAAGGAGAAUAAAAUCAAUGAUUGGGAAUGUAAAAAGAAGACUCAAGCCCGAAACCGGUUCAAUAAAGUUCAGAUGAACUUGGAUAUUAAGAGACAAAAAGCAUUGGAGGCCAUGGAGAAGAGGACAGCUAAAAUCGAGAAGAGAGCUGACGUGAAGAGGGUUAGAGAGAGAAGUAGGAGCAUGCGAAAGACGUCAAGAAUUGAAGCCGUCACGGGUAGUAUUAGAACCACUGGAAAUAUCCCAUGGAAGCUCUGGCUCUUCUAAGUUCACUUAUGCCCCCAAGCUUUCUUUAUAUUCAUUUUGGUUCUUUUGUGCCAAAUUUUUCCUCCGAUGGUAAACACUGUAACGGCAUUUAGUACUGUGCAAAUGAAAGAAAAUUGUGUUGACCAGAUACUGUAGUGUUCUUUAAUGUUUCAAUAUUAGAGAAACUGAGCCUCUCACUCUCUUCCUCUCUGAACUAAAGAAACUAGAAUCUAAGGAAAAUUAUCAAAUAACCUAUGCAAUUCAACACUUUACCAUCUAUU